UGAGCAAAUAUCCUCUGCCAAAUUCAAAUGCAUUCUGAGAAUGAGAAACAAGAAGAUGAAGUUGUUUUGGAUCCAGAUCAAAUUGAAGUGGAUUUGAAUCACGCUAGAAUAGGCAAAAUUGAAAAUUUAGAUGGUCUUACGUGCGUUAAAAAUCUUUGCUUACGGAACAAUUUAAUAAAUAAGAUAGAAAACUUAGAAUGUAUAUCAAACACGUUGACAGAAUUGGAUUUAUACGAUAAUCAAAUUGAUAAAAUCGAAAAUUUAUCAUCACUUAUAAACUUAGAAAUAUUGGACUUAUCAUUUAAUCAAAUAUCAGUGCUUGAAAAUUUAGAUACUUUAGUUAAUUUAAAAAAGCUCUAUUUGGUCAACAAUAAAAUCAAAGUGAUUCAAAACCUUAAUAACCUUAUAAAAUUGGAACUUUUAGAAUUAGGCUCAAAUCAAAUAAAGAAUAUUGAAAAUCUUAGUCAUUUAACACAAUUAGAAGAACUUUUUUUGGGUAAAAACAAAAUUGCAAAAAUAUCUGAUCUAAGUUCUUUAUCCAAACUUAAAUCACUGAGUUUGCAAAGUAAUCAUAUUACAAAAAUUGAAGGUUUGAGUACUCUAAAACAUUUAGAAGAAUUAUAUAUUAGUCAUAAUGGUAUAAAUAUGAUUGAAGGAUUGGAGAGGAAUCUCACUUUGACUACAUUAGAUAUUGGAAACAACCGAAUUUCAAAAUUGCAACAUCUAUCUAAUUUAACCAAUUUAAUUGAAUUUUGGUGUAGCAAUAAUAAUAUAUCUGACUGGAAUGAUUUAGAAGAACUUAAGAAUGCUAAAAAACUUGCAACUGUAUAUUUAGAAGGAAAUCCAAUAGAAAAGGAUCCUCAAUAUCGAAGAAAAAUUAUGCUGGAAUUGCCUUCAAUUAAACAAAUUGAUGCUACAUUGUGUCGAAUGUAAAAAUGAAUAUCUUUUUCUUUGUAUUCAAUAAUUGCAUUUAUUUAUUUUCUAUAUUACACAUUAAAAAAAUAGAGCACAUAAUAAAAUUUAAGUUUUUAUUCUGAA